AUGAUUGUUCAUCAAAUAAAUCGUCCAAAAAAAAACAAAUCGUAUGAAUGUCUAUAUGGCGGAGUGAGUGAUCUAGACGUUACUGUUCAAUGGGUUGAAUGCAACAGUUGUGGUGGGUGGAUACAUCAAAAUUUUUUUGUGAGAGAUCUAACCACCAAGUCUCAUCCCUAUGUAAGUGCAUUCACACUUGUAGCCUACCAGCAAAUUCUAUUCAACGCAUAUCUCCUUAUUUGUGACAUUCAUUGCAGAGAACCCGUUUCUCACAAUGCAUCUAAAUUUAAGAAUGAUGCCGCGAAAAGUGACUACCUCACGAAGUUAAUGGACUGCUAUGUUCCUGAUGAACUAGCCACAUUAAUCAGUCAGCUUGCCCCGACCUAUGACCCUCAAAGAAAAUUGAUGUUUUACAUCCCUUCUUUUGCAGGCUUUAGCUUCGCCCACGACUAUGGCCGAACCGUCCCACCAUGCCUGAUGAUACUAGCCCAUAACCUUCUUGCCAGUCUACGAACCAAUGCUGACCCCGAAGAUACUCUUCGUACUUUCUAUUCAACAACAGUUCUAACCAUCGACAACGAACACUUUACACCAGCACACUUCCUUGGAGGGUACUACCUCUCUAAUGGUCGCGUCACCUGCCAUCCAAACUGGCUCAACACCAGAUUUGAAAAAGUUUACAAUCCCGUCAUCGGCAGAGCACUGAUUCAACGCCCCACCCUCGCUAAGACGAGACUCCAAAGCUAUGAAUAUGACAAUCCUCAGUCUGUUGAUCCCUAUGAAUUUCUUUUAUGUUAUUCUGAAGAAAAUAUCGAAGUCAUGUUUGAUCUACUCUCAGACAUAUCUUCUUUUAUCUCAAAAGAGAUUCCCUCCUCCCGCAAGCUUGGACAACUACUUGGUGAACCAUCUGGCGUUAACAUCUUAUACCAUUCAAUUUGGUCAUUCGUUAUCCCAACCUGGCACUCCCUCCCUCCUGCUCCAGCCUCCACACCCGAAAAUACUUCCACUGUGACAGACAAAGCGUAUGUUACCUCAAUAAAAUACCUUUCCUCUGCUCCAAUCUAUAAGUCAUCACUCGUACCACCUCCUGAAUCCAUUAAUGCCGUAUUUUACCUUGUCGGAAAGAAUCCUUAUGAUAAAAAUUCCCCGCCAUUUCAUUAUGAUACAUUCGACCGCCGAAAGCACGUCCAUCCUGACGUAUUUUGGUUCCAACCGUAUAUUCAAAAUCCAAGUGCAAUAAACUAUUCUUUGACCCUAGGUCUAUUGAUAGAACAAGGCGAUAUUGAUGGUACCACCAUCCCUCUCCCUAAUAUUGCUAUGUCAUUAACCGAAAAUAAUUCGAUGUUUAUGCAAGGAUGCCUCCCUAUUACACAUGUUCUAAGUGUCCCCCCCAACUUUAAUGAAAAUUCCAGGUUUCAUCUUCCCAUACGGAAGAUACAUGACUCUGAUCCUGUCGGAAUCGCCCUCCGUGAUUCUAGCACUGUCAUGCUACCUCAAUUCGGUACUGCUCACGUCCGCAGUAAUAUGAACCGAUUCUAUGGCCCCACCGUCCGCGAAAAUUGUAAUGACAACCAUGUCAACUUUACUUAUUCCGCUUGGCCCUCUGGCUCCAUUCCUUCAAUUCCACCAGGUUUAACCUACCUGUGGUCAUCCUACCGCUACGUCCACCACGCCCAUCGUGUCCAAAAGAAAAUUCAUUUCUACUACACAAUGCGACAAUUUUAUGGUGAAAACGUAACAUUAUCAAGAACGAGAAAUCCAACUCUCCUUCUUCCGUCAUAG